AUGCGCGUUCCUUUCUCUGAUUUCUCUUCAAGCUUUCUCUCCCUUCUUUCUGUUUCCUUUUGCUCUGCUACUCUCCUUCAAAUUCAAUCAGGUAUUCAUCAUCUUCUGUUUCCUUUUGCUCUGCUACUGUCCUUCAGAUUCAAUCAGUUAUGGCGCGUCUUCAACAAUCGCCUAAGGACUUUAUUGUUUUUUUGGUUUGCUAUGAAGCGAAGAAAAAUUAGAAGAGUAAUGAUGCUGAUUUUGAUUAGGAUAAUCCUCAUUUUUAGAAGAAGACUAAGAAUUAGGAUGUCUAAGCAACCUAGUCUGCAUAAUCCUAUCCAUAGAUUAGCACAUUUAGAUGGAAUGAUAGUGGAGAGUGAUAUUGCUUGCAUUGAGCAACUUAGGAUGGAUCGUCGCACGUUUAAUAUCUUCAUUUCAUUGGUUCGUGAAGUUGGAGGGUUAAGGGAUACUAAGAACAUGGUAGUGGAAGAAAUGGUUGCUAUAUUUUUGCAUCUACUUGCAUUUGAGGAGAAGAAUAGGAAAAUAAAAUUCGAUUUUCAACGGUCAGGAGAAACUAUAAGCAGACAUUUUAAUAAUGCGUUAAAAGCUGUGUUAAAACUUUUGAGUUUGCUCCUCAAGAAACCUGAACCGAUUCCCGAGAAUAGCACAGAUGAAAGAUGGAAAUGGUUCAAGAAUUGUAUAGGUGCUAUUGAUGGAACUUUGAUUGAUGUAAAUGUGCCUGCGAUAGAUAAAUCACGUCAUAGGUUAAGAAAAAAUACCAUCUCAACAAAUGUUUUAGGAGCUUGUGCACCGAAUAUACAAUUUAUAUAUGUUUUGGCGGGUUGGGAAGGUUCAGCUGCCAAUGGAAGAGUACUUCGAAGUGCUUUAAAUAGAAAUAAUGGAUUAAAAGUGGCUAGAGGUAAUUAUUAUCUAGGGGAUGCAGGAUAUAAACAUUGUGAUGGAUUUCUUGUACCUUAUAGAAGAACAAUUUAUCAUGAAUGGAGAAGGGAUUGGAGCAAUCACGCUCUAAGGAAGAGUUGUUCAAUAUGAGGCAUGCUUCAGCUAGAAAUGUGAUUGAACGAGCUUUUGGUUUGUUGAAAGUACGGUGGGAAGUUCUUGCCAAAGGCACCAAGUACCCUCUCAGCACUCAAAUAGAUAUAAUAUUGGCUUGUGUGUAUAUUCAUAACCUUAUUCGCCAACAAAUGAGCGUUGAUCCAAUGGAAGCUAUUUUAGAUGCAUAUAUGGAAGAGGAAGGAGAGAAUGAUGAAAUUGAAGAUGAUGGAGACUACAUUCAAAAUUGUGACACAUCUGAAGAAUGGACUAACUUUAGAAACACAUUAGCUCAAGAUAUGUAUGAUGCAUUCUUGGCCAGGAGACAUUAGUAAUGGAUAGUUUCUUAUUUUAGUUGGUUUUUCAAUUUUUAGUCUUUUAGGACUAGCUUUUAUGUUGAACUACAAACAUAAGUUGUUUUUUGAUUGAUUAGUUAUAAAAUAUUCUUGUCUUACAAA